UGUGGUAACGUGACUCAUUCGUUUGAGAUUAUAAUAACUAAAUCGUGAAUCAAAAUCGUCACUCGAUCCUCAGCGGUAGAAUGGUAGACGAUUUGCUCCCACCCUCACCUAACUGGUACUGCAGUCAGGCGAGUGACUGUAGCGAGGAUGGAUUGUUUGCCUAUUCCACACGGAGCGUCGUGUUUCUGCUCGAUCUCCGAACCAGUCCGCCGUGUUACGUGGGAUGCCUGGCCGGGCAGGCGGGACAUUCGAACCGGGUGACGGCCGUGAAGUUUGGACAUGGAAUCCGUGGUAAACACCUGUGUGCUACGGCGGGUGAUGAUUGUACUGUAAGAGUCUGGGACGUGAUUGGAAGGGCUAUGAAGACCGAACAUCAUUUUCACAAGGAGGUCAAAGUAACAACAAUUCAAUGGUCUACAUCGCAAGUUCACCAGGGCCUGGUCGUGUCUGGAGAUGAGAGGGGUACACUGAUAUGGUGGAAUCCUGUUAGUGGUGAGAACAGGGAGUUUGUCCCAGAAAGACGACCUAUUGGCUCUCUGGCAAGCUGCCCACACGAUGGGGACUACAUUGCUGUAGGCUAUAAGACAGGUCUUGUGCUGAUUUUAGAUAUCAGUGGCAAGGGGCAAAUCAUCCACAAGUUAAGGGGCCAUGACGAUGAAGUUCAAUCGAUCUGCUGGUCUCCUGCCCUUGGUGAGAACAUUCGCCUCUUUCAAAAGCCUAAAGAAGAAACCACUCAGCUUGAGGAAGGAACCGCCCCCGAAGGGCCACUUGAAGUACCCCAACCAGACGCUCCUGCUCACCUGACAUUUAGAGAACAUGGUUGCCUCUUGAUAUCUGGGUGCCGGGAUCGUACCAUCCGGGUGUGGAACACCACCCAUGGAAAGGCAGUGCUGACCCUCAGUCUACCCCCUCGGGGUGGGGCCCAUCGAACUAGAGAGAGGGGAGAAGAAGGGAUCAAGGCAAGGGUAUGGCUGGGUCUCUGCUGGCCCCAGAAUCGGCCUAGAGAGUUUAUUUCAAGCUCCUAUGGAGGAGAUGUUUUACAGUGGAACCUGAGCAAACCUGGUAGGCAGAAAUGGGAGUAUUUUGGUUCAGAGGAUAGCAUUUCCCACAACAGGAUAGUGUUCAACAUUAUCAACUCAUGCAGUCAGGAUAUGGUCAUCACAACGUCCAUGGACAGACAGAUUAUAUGCUGGAAUACAAAGACCUUGAAACCAAUCUGGUCUAUCCCCACCCUGGGGGGAUUCGUCUAUAGUUUAGCUACUUGUCCCGUUGAUCCAGGGUGUGUGGCGUUAGGUGUAGGGGACAACAUGAUCCGUGUGUGGAACACCUCAGCUGCAGGGAAGAGUUAUGCUGUUAACAUCUUGUGGCAGGGGAUCAAAUCCAAAGUUACCGUGCUUUCCUGGCACCCAGAGAGGGACAACUGCCUUGCAUAUGGCACUGAUGAUGGACGUGUUGGCAUCUACAAUACAUUCAAUCAGGGGAAGGGGCCUCAUUUAUCCAGUACAUUUCACAAGAAGACAGUGUACUCGCUGAGUUGGGGUCCGCAGUGCCCAGCCAAAGAGGGUGUAGGGCUAGGGACCCAUUGUCUCUACAGCUGCAGUGGAGAUGGUAUUAUAUACCAACAUGAUCCAAGCAAACUGGGGGAGGAUGCCGCAAACUUCAACAGCCUUGUGCGCUCCACCAACAAGAUCACACAUAUGCUACCCCUGCAUACAGAUGUGUCAUGGAGGGAUGAUGGAGUAGCUGUUGCCACAGGCAACGAGGAUGGCUCGAUCGAUGUCUAUGCGGCACCCAAUCUCUUGUUGCUGUGCACUAUCCAAGUCCAUCAUAAGCUCAUCAACUGCCUGCAAUGGUAUCCCAACAACAGUCAAUCAGGAACAAACACACAACUCACUGACCAAUCAGAUGUUGUCUUAGAAGAUGACUUGAAUGGCUCUAACAAAUCAGGGAAGAGGUACUGGCUGGCCUCGGGUUCAAACGAACCGCAGGUGCAAGUGCAUGACCUGACGCCUGUAUUAGGAGAAGUAGAACCAGUUCAAAUGAAAGCCCCCAUGACAAGUUCCUUCCGCACUCUGAAUGGCCACACCCUAAGGAUUACAGCGUUGUCAUGGAGUCCCCAUGGCAAUGGUCAUCUGGUAUCUGCAUCGUAUGACUACACUGCUCAGGUUUGGGACGUUCUGAAAGGGGAACCCAUUGCCAAUUUUCGGGGUCAUCUUGGGCGGUUAUUUUCAGUGGCGUGGAGCGUCAUUGACCCUGAUAUUAUCUUCUCGGGUGGAGAGGACUUCUGUCUGAUGAAAUGGAGAAUAUCAAAAACCCAACACACCAAACCACCAACACACAAGAGAAACAUCAUGAUGACAUCACGCCCGGGGAAGGGAAAACCGUCAUCUAAGAACAAAAAGAAAUCCAAAAUCCUCAAGGACACAUCGAGUGAGGGAAGCACACCGCCUCGGCCAUCCACUCCAGAAGUGCCAGCCAAACUUGAAGGAGGUACCCCUUUAGUUCCCGGAACCCAUUCCCGAAACGAACCUCCGGCUAGUGGAUCUGAUCUGGCCAAAUCUUCUGAGGGUGAUGCAUGUGAUCUACAGAGACUCGUUGUAGCAAAGAGACUGGAGUUACAGGUCGCGGUCGCAGUUGACUCCUCAGAACAAAAGAGGGUAACUGAAACAAACUGUAGUUCUGAAUUAGGCGAUGCAGACAGAAAUGAAAGGCAGACGGCCGUAGCAGAAGGGAGUGAGAGUUCAAGGGUCAAAGAUUCAGAUAUGACCUCUGACUUCCAGUCACGAGAUGCCCCUGAUGCUGCAGCGAAGAAAGAUGGCCGUCGUAGGAAGAAACAAAAGUCGCUUUUCCCCAUGAGCCGCAAUCAGGACAACCGAGGCAAAAUCUACCAUCUAGAGGACUGCAUUGCUUUAGCAAGCCAUAAAUACAGUUCGAAGGAGACCCAACUCUCUGCAUCACUGCACCCAGGAGUCGGUGAUAAUGUUCAUUUGGGUCUCUUUGCUGACCGUAGAGCAGCCUAUGCUAUGUUCAAAGAGGAAGGCGGGCAACAUGAGGAAGGUGGUUACCCACGCCAGAAUCUAGAGAUGUGGAAAGGGAAUUUAGCUGGUGCCCUGACCCAGGCAACGGAACACAAUCAACUCAACAGCUUUUUGGUCGCAAUGUCACCACUAGGUGGUCACGAUGUGUGGUUGGAGACUACGGAGGCCUAUGCAAGACAGCUAGAAAUGAAUGAAGAUUACACACAAGCUGCUACCUACUACUUGGCAUGCCAUAAGAUUCACAAGGCCAUAAAAGUCCUACAAGACAACAAGCUGUACAGAGAAGCAGUAGCUUUGGCCUCUGUUAGGCUGUCUCCAUUUGAUGAAGCUUUUACCAACGUUUACAAAGCCUGGGCAAGCCAUCUUGAGUCUGAGGGUAACUAUGGACCAGCAGCUAAGUGUUACCUGACAAUUAACCAGCCAGCGGAUGCAGUAAUGCUCCUAGCAAGGAAAAGUGACAUCCCAUCACUGUCGACUGCCCUUCAUGUCGCGUGCAUCUCGGGCCAAAGUCACCUGACUAAUGGCUUGCUUGUCCGCUAUUUGCAUGAAUGUCUCAUGGCUGGUGAUUGGCUGAAUGCUCAAGGACUUCUAGCCAACCGCAGCAGUUUGAUGUUUGGUAGUCUGGUUGCCACCAUGCAUGAGAUCAUAGUUACAACAUUAACGCAUCAGGCAUUUAUAUCAGAGGAGCUGUUUAAGGAGGCCGGAAAUAACCCUUGGAUACAAGAACAAUGUCAAAACAAGACGCAGUGUACACCUCAUGGGGACCUUGGCACAUUUCUUGAACGUUCGAUACAUGAAUGGUUUAAGCAAUGUACAUUAGACUCAUCAGAUGAGGGUAUUGUACAUGGUCUGUACGACGCAGUGGUAGGGAUCAAACAACCAAAUGCCCAGCAUGGGCAAACCAAACAGCUUCUUGUGGAGUUGGCGUUUGAGUUGACACUGGGUCAGCUGUCUGUCAUGAUGGACUGUCCUUCCAAGGCAGUCGCCCAUUGGCUACAAGCCAUUGUCAUGUGUCACAGUGUUUGGAACAUGGACAUUGCUAGAGGAAUAUUUUCCCUUAUACUUCCUGAAGGAAGUGAAUCAAUCAAGCAACUUCUUGAAGGGUCUACAGUUGAAUCUACAGGUGCAAUCACGAGUCUACAAGCUCACUUCAUGCUCACUGAGCUUUACCAUCUCUGGUGGGGUGUCGGGAAUCAGAUUGCGGAUGGUAAGUCAGUCAUGGUGGGAGCCGCUGAUGCUUCAUAUCCAAUCGAAAUGAUGAAGAGCUCGUCAAAAGCUCCUUCUAUAUCUGGGGUCAAUGCUGAGACCAAUCAAACUGAUCAUCAAUCAACUUCAGUCGGGACAAAGUUGGAACCUGACUGUAAUGGGGCUGUGUCGGAGAUGACUGGAAAACAAAACGAAGUUGCAAAUAAUAAAAUGACUGAAAGUGAAAUGAAAUCCUCACAGAAAAUGGUUGAUUCUGAACAUAAAAUAUAUUCUCUGAGUGAAAAACUGAGUGUAACAUCUCAUGUGUUGCUGUCAGAGCCACAUGCUAGGCUAAGUGGCAUCAGGGGUAGGCUUCAAUACAUCCAGAUGGCUGUGGGGAGGCUCGUCAGCCAGCAUUGCCAAGAGGGUCAACAAGAGGUCCCCUUACCCCAAGACCCAACCCAGGAGGUCCUCUUGCCCCAAGACCCGACUCACAAGGUCCUCCAACCCCAAGAACCUGCUGGUGGGACUGUCAGUGACAAACACAGGGAUCCUUUAGACCCUGUAAAUAAGGUUUCUGAUGAUACAAGAACCUCGGGUGAUAUACCUCAGGGUAGAAAGCUGACUCAAAAUGGUGACUGUGAGGAUGCGGUUGUGCAACAACUGCUACCUCCAGCAGAUGUCAAGGGUCAAACUCGAGGUAUUCUCAACGACAAAGCUGGGUCAGCUGCCUCGGAUAUCACACCAAAUGGGAAGAUUCCAAAAGAGAAUUCAAACAAACUGAUCAAUGAUGGAACAGAGCUCAGUGAAGGUACCUCGAAAGCUUUGGGAAUUUCCUCAGCUGUGGACAUAUCUUCAGAAGAUCUUUUGCCGGGAGACUGGAAUGAGUUGAUGGCUGAUGUUCAGUAUACGCACCCUGCCGUGACGUGCGCCGUUUUGUUAGAGGAACAAAACAAACUGUCACAGGACCUGAGGGAACUUGAAAGCAAUUCAGAGGUAAAUCACCCAUUUCCAGAUGCUCUAGAAAGUGCCACGGUGAUGAUGCACAUCUGUCAAACUGCCAGUAAGACACUGGAGCUUUCUGAGACGGAGAGAAAUGAGUUAAUGCAACUCAGGGAGAAUGCUGCACGGUGGGGACUGAAGCACAGCUGGCUCACAAGACAGAAGGCAUUAUUCAGUAAACACCUUCAAGAGUUGGAAAACUGAUGUUGUUAUGUGUCGUAAGCAGCCAGUUGAGAAUACAUGUACGGAGUUGGAAG